CUCAAACGUCAUGGUUUCUAACCUCAUCCUCUCAUCUUAUCGGAUCAUAUCAGCUCAGCUGUCCGCUCCUACACCCUCGUCGUCCUCCUCGCAGUCUUUCCGAUUCCGACCACUCGACUCAAACAUCUACACAUUUUAUUAUACUACUAAAACGCCCACCAAUGGAGUUCCGCCACGUGCUCCUGAUAUCCUUCCCCGCACAGGGCCACAUCAAUCCCGCCCUUCAGUUCGCCAAGCGCCUCCUCCGCCUCGGCAUCCAGGUAACUUUCGUCACCACCGUUCACGCCCGCCGCUGUAUGGACAACACCGCCACCGCCGGGGCAUUGCCUGACGCCCUCAAUUUCGCCCUCUUCUCCGACGGAUACGAAGAUGGCUUCGACCGCGACUCCAUUGGUUAUCAGAAACACAUGGCCGAUCUCAUAACCAAUGGCUCCAAGGCUUUGAGGGACGCCGUAGCUGCCGCCGCCCGCCCCGUCACGCGCCUCGUCUACACUCUCCUCCUUCCCUGGGCCACCCAGGUGGCGCGUGAGUGCAACAUCCCCUGCGCGCUGCUCUGGAUUCAGCCCGCCACCGUCCUCGACCUAUACUAUUACUAUUUUCACGGUUUCCAAGACGAGAUCACCUCCAACUCCGCCGAUCCCUCCUGGCGGCUUCACCUGCCCGGAGGACUUCCCCCGUUCUCAAAACGAGACCUUCCAUCAUUCAUUCUCCCGACAACCUCGGAGAAGGAUAAAUUCGCGCUCGCGUUAUUUAAGGAGCAGGUGGACGUGCUGGACGGCGAGGAAAGGCCGAAAGUGCUUGUCAACACAUUCGACGCGCUGGAAGCAGAAGCACUCAAAGCCAUCCACGGCUACGAGCAGAUCGCCAUCGGGCCGUUGAUUCCCUCCGCCUUCUUGGACGGUCAGGAUUCGACCGACAAGUCCUUCGGCUGCGAUCUUUUUGAAAUCAAAAGCAACAAUUACUUGGAGUGGCUGAACACCCAGCCCAAAUCGUCGGUUGUCUACGUGUCGUUCGGCAGUGUGAUUAAGCUGACGAAGCCGCUGGUGGAGGAGAUCGGAAAAGCUCUGAUCGACUCCGGCCGACCAUUUCUGUGGAUAAUCCGAUCGGACGACGUGGAGGGGAAUUCAAUGAGUCGAUUGGCGGAGCUGGAGAAGAUGGGGAAGAUCGUGCCGUGGUGCUCGCAGUUGGAGGUUCUGACGCAUCCGUCGGUGGGAUGCUUCGUGACGCACUGCGGCUGGAAUUCGACGUUGGAGAGCGUGUCGUGCGGCGUUCCGGUGGUGGCGUUCCCGCAGUGGACGGAUCAAGGGACGAAUGCGAAGCUGAUUGAGGAGGUAUGGCGGACGGGCGUGCGAGUGAGGGUGGAGGAGGAUGAGGAGGAGGAUCGGACGGUGGAGAGCGAGGAGAUAAGGAGGUGCAUCGAGGCAGUGAUGGACGGCGGGGAUCAGAGCAGAGAGGUGCGGCGGAAUGCGGAGAAGUGGAAGGGAUUGGCUAGAGAUGCUGUGGACGGUGUUAGCGGGUCUUCUACAAGGAAUUUGGAGGCCUUUUUUGCUUAAGGUCAAUAAUUAUUAAUGGCAUUCACAAUAACGUGUGUGCUUUCGUGCUUUUAGUAUUUCUUAUACUGCAAUUUAGCCUUUAUUUUCCAAGGUACUUUUAGAAAUUUGGCAUUAUCUAAUUUGUUAAAAAAAAUUAUGGUGUCAUUUUUUUUA